AUGGGUGCAAACAAUGAAGAGGCGCUCCUCCAAGCGGUGGUCAAGCAACCCGUGAUCGUUGCUAAUGGUGCCACUAGAAACGAUUUCAAAGACUACAAAGGUGGCAUUUUCAGAGAACAGUGUGGAACGAUCGUGAAUCAUGUCAUUACCUUAGUUAAUUUUGAUACUGUUGAUGAUGGUGCUUGCUGGGAAUUUUCAGUCGUGGCGACAUUAGAGGGAGCGCUCGAGAUCGCCCGUGGCACACUCAUGUCCCUCUCGAAGCCAAAGCUCGUUGAUUGCAUUAGAGGUGGUCGAAGCGAUGGAUGCACGAGUGACUUUCCUGAAGAAGCAUUUGACUACGUAAUAAGACGUGGUGCAUCUCUACCUUGGCGGGUUACCCUUGCGAGAAUGCAGUUGGAACUUGUCGCUCCAAGGAGUCUUUUCACAGAGUGCUUGCUGGGCAUUUGCAGUCGUGGAGGCACUAGAGGAAGCGCUCCAGAUUGCCAGCGGCACACUCGUGUCCCUCUCGAACCAAAGCUCGUUGAUUGCAUCAGAGGUGGUUGGAGCGAUGGAUGCACAUGUGGCUUUCUCGAAAAAGCAUUUGACUACGUUAUAAGAUGUGGUGGCGUCUCUAGCGAGGCUGGUUACCCUUAUGAGAAGGCGGUUGGAACUUAUCGCUUCAAGGAGGCCUCUCAAAGAGUAUACUUUCUUAUUUACGGCUAUGAAUGGGUCUCUACAAACAAUGAAGAGACGCUCCUCCAAGCGGUGGCCAAGCAACCCGUGAUCGUUGCUAUUGAUGCCUCUAGAAACGAUUUCAAAGACUACAAUGGUGGCAUUUUCAGAGGACAGUGUGGAACGAUCCUGAAUCAUGUCAUUACCUUAGUUGGUUUUGAUACUGAUGAUGAUGGUUCGAAAUACUGGAUCGGAAAAAACUCGUGGGAAACCAAUUGGGGAUAA